AUGGCGAUGAAGACUCUCUCCGCCAAAAAUGCAGCAGCUCUAGACAAAGAUCUCAUGAGCAUCGGGGGAUUCUCGCUUGAUCAGCUCAUGGAACUCGCAGGUCUCAGUGUCUCGCAAGCCGUUUAUCGUCUUAAAUCACCAAUUGGAGGACGGCGUAUCCUGGUUGUCUGUGGUCCGGGAAAUAAUGGUGGCGAUGGACUUGUUGCCGCCAGGCAUCUUUGGCAUUAUGGAUAUAAGCCGGUGAUAUAUUAUCCGAAACCGGGCAAGAACGAGCUGUAUGGGCGCCUCACAACCCAGCUUAAAAACCUAAAAAUCCCUUUUACCACCGACUUCGCCGCCGCCCUUAAAGAAGCUGAUCAGGUCGUCGAUGCAAUCUUCGGCUUCUCUUUCUCCGGCGAAGUCCGCGAGCCCUUUUCCGCCAUCAUAGAGGAGCUUCAGAACACCACCGUCCCCGUGACAUCCGUCGAUGCUCCUUCAUCCUGGAAUAUUGAAGAAGGGCCUCCAUCGUCCGGUCCAGGGUCGAGCUUCAAUCCUACCGCGCUAGUAAGCUUGACGGCGCCAAAGCCAUUGACAAAAUGGUUUAGAGGACGACACUUUUUGGGCGGAAGAUUCUUGAGCCCGGAUAUUGCACACAAAUAUGGCCUGGAAUUGCCGGACUACGAUGGUGUGGAUCAGAUUGUGGAACUAGGGAGCGAUGGAAAGAAGAAGUUGUAA